GUCUUUAUAUGCGAUGUUUGUGUGAUACCCUUAGUUGUGUGCUGGUACCAAUCGAUUUAUUUACAUGUGUCGUGUAUUUUUACAAUGAAUUUAAAAUGUAUUUUUACAUUUAUAUUAUUAACUGUGAGCACAAAUAUUGUUAUAGCACGUGAUAAGCUGGUACUAUGUUACUAUGGAACCUGGUCAACUUAUCGGCCGAGUUUGGGCAAAUUCGACGUCGAAAAUAUUGAACCCAAUUUAUGCACUCAUCUCGUUUACUCGUUCGUCGGUAUCAACACGCAAGGAACGGUGAUAUCUCUAGAUCCGUACUUAGAUUUACCAGAUAAUUGGGGUAGAGACAACUUUGCCAAAUUCAACGCAUUGAAAAAUGGCCGACCUAAUCUUAAAACUCUUUUGGCUGUUGGAGGAUGGAAUGAAGGAUCAGCGAAAUACUCAAGAAUGGUGGCUAGCUCGAUAUUACGAAGGAAUUUUAUAACGAGCGCUAUAAAAAUGAUGCGAGAUUACGGUUUCGAUGGCUUGAACUUAGACUGGGAGUAUCCUAACAGACGGGACACGGUAAACGGACCUGCUGAUAUACAGAACUUCGUACAAUUGCUUAAAGAACUUAGAACAGAGUUUGAUAAACAUGGAUUUGAGCUGAGCGCAGCUGUGGCUGCAGUAGAAGCAGUUGCAGUCCAGGCGUACGAUAUACCUGGUAUUAGCAAAUAUUUGGACCACAUUGGUUUAAUGACGUAUGAUUUGUAUGGCCCCUGGGACCCAGUAACCGGUCAUAACUCACCGCUUCACAAGGGAGAAGGAGAUGGGAACAUUCCGAGAGAACAGUUGUAUACUGUUGAUGUUGCCCUGGAAUAUUGGAUCAAAAGUGGAUGCCCGCCUGACAAGAUAAUCCUCGGUCUACCUCUCUACGGACAUACAUUCACUUUGACCAAUGCAGGCGCUAGUGGUGUUCGAGCUCCAACUAAUGGUGCGGGAAUAGCUGGCCCUUAUACAUCGACAAAUGGCAUUAUUGGAUACAAUGAGUUUUGCACCAAAUUACAAAGAGAGACUUGGAAUGUUCGAUAUGAUAACCUAGCGAAGGUUCCUUACGCUGUACAAAAUAAAAACUGGGUGUCAUAUGAUGAUGCUAGUUCACUAACAGCAAAAGUUGAAUAUGGUUUGAGCAAAAACAUCGGCGGCAUUAUGGUCUGGAGUAUUGAAACUGAUGAUUUUAGAAACGUUUGUGGUAAUGGAAGAUAUCCUUUGCUGAAUGCUAUUAAUAGGGCAUUAGGAAAAGUUGUUACAACUACUACUACAACUUCUAGACCUACUACGACAACUGUCUCCACUACGACCAAAGCUCCAAAUACUCCAUCAGAAAGUGUGUGUAAAUCCGAAGGACCGACAGCGGAUCCAACGGACUGUACUUCGUUCUAUAUUUGCACUGUAGAUCCCAGUGGUAAAUUCAUACCACACAAGUUCAAAUGUCCGAGCAACCUCCAUUGGGAUAGCAAGAACCUUUACUGUAACUAUCCAGAGCUUGUUGAAUGUAACAUUCAAUAAGUAUGUAUUUAUUUAUCAAAUAAAAG